UAGGUGGUUGGUAUGUUUUGUGCGCGCUGCUCGGCCGCUCCGUUAACUCGGCGGACGACCUAUAGCGAGCGGACCACGGCUGCCUAUUUUUAGAAGUCUGCCAAAUGGGGGGAAUCCGAGGGGCUUGAAGAAAGUUGCAGAGGAGGAAAAAAAAAAAAGGUUUGGACCGCGCUGCGAUGAGCUCGCACAACGCCGCGAAGUGACGGGGGAAUAAAGUCAAGAAGUUGAACAGAAGUCCUUGCUUCAUCUCAGCCUGACUUCGAGGUGUGAAAAAAAAAAAAAAUUAAGAAAGAAAUAAACAACAACAACAAUAACAACGCAGUGGCCACCGGAGAAGUUUGCGUGCAGCGCCAUGGCUGCCCAGUGCGACACUUUAAGCGGAUACUUGCAGCAGUCGGACCAGGGCUCCAACAGCGAGCGCAGCACCGACUCUCCUCUCCCGGGAUCAGAGGAGGAUCUGAGCGGCCCCCACCCGCUGCCCGACCCGGAGUGGACCGAGGAGAGGUUUCGGGUGGACCGCAAAAAGCUGGAAGUCAUGUUAUUAGCUGCCUCUGAGGGAAGAGUCAACGGCGGUGAGGAUUUCUUUCAGAAGAUCAUGGAUGAGACCCAAACACAGAUAGCCUGGCCCUCCAAACUGAAAAUCGGAGCCAAGUCCAAAAAAGAUCCGCACAUCAAGGUGUGUGGGAAGCGGGAGAACGUGAGGGAAGCCAAAGACAGAAUCAUGUCUGUCCUCGACACAAAGAGUAACAGGGUGACUCUGAAGAUGGACGUUUCUCACACGGAGCAUUCCCACGUAAUUGGAAAAGGUGGCAACAACAUUAAGAGGGUGAUGGAGGAGACGGGAUGCCACAUCCAUUUCCCCGACUCUAAUCGGAACAACCAAGCAGAGAAGAGCAACCAGGUGUCCAUCGCAGGGCAGCCAGGAGGAGUGGAGGCAGCCCGAGUAAAAAUAAGGGAGCUGCUGCCUCUCGUGCUGUCUUUCGAGCUUCCGGCCAUCAUGCAGUCGGACCCCAGCUCCCCCGCAGUGCAGCACAUCUCGCAGACCUACAACCUCACAGUCUCCUUCAAGCCUCCAACGCGCCUCUACAGAGCCACCGGUGUUGUACGCGGCUCGCAGAAUAACGCCAGCGCAGUCAAGAGGGGCACGGCUCUGCUGUUGGAGCACCUGGCAGGAAGCCUCGCAAGCACUAUCUCAGUCACCACCCACUUGGACAUCGCGCCGCAGCACCACCUCUUCAUGAAGGGACGCAACGGCAGCAACAUCAAGCACAUCACCCAGAGGACGGGAGCCCAGAUCCACUUCCCCGACCCCAACAGCCCCCAGAAGAAGUCCACCGUCUACAUCCAGGGCACCAUAGAAUCCGUGUGCCUGGCGCGGCAGUACCUCAUGGGCUGUUUGCCGCUGGUAUUGAUGUUCGACAUUAAAGAAGACAUAGAGGUGGAGCCCCAGUGUAUCACGGCACUAAUGGAGCAGCUGGACGUCUUCAUCAGUAUCAAGCCGAAGCCAAAACAGCCCAGCAAGUCUGUGAUAGUGAAGAGCGUGGAGAGGAACGCGGUCAACAUGUACGAAGCCCGCAAGUUCCUGCUGGGUCUGGAAAGCAACGGGGUGUCGUCCUCUUCCUCCUCGUCCUCCCUGGCGCUAAAUCCCACCACGAACGGCCCGUCCCCGUCCCUCAUCUGCCCCGUCGGCCUGGACAUCCUGGCCUCAGCUGGCCUGGGGCUGAGCAAUCUGGGUUUUCUGGGUGCGACGGCGCCCCACUCCCUCCCCAACUCUGCUGCUCCGAACGCCGUGCUGAACAGUUUGAACUCCUCCAUGAGCCCCCUGCAGACCCCCAGUCCCAGCACCCCGACGCCGACGCCCUCCCUGUGGCCCAGCUCGCUCACCGGCACCCAGGGCUUCUCGUCUCAGCUGAUGCUGCACCCCGCCGCUCAGGCCACGCUGAGCAGCAUCCUGCUGUCCAGCGUGCAGGGUUACACGCAGAGCACGCCGUCUCCGCCGCCGGGCCUGGCGCCCAUCGACAAGCAGCCAAACGGCGUCCCCGACUGCACGCUGAAUGGACACGUCAAGCAUCCUGCUUCCGUCUAUGGGCGGUUAGCGUCGGCAUCGCUUGCAGAAACCGUUUUGAGUCCAGCUCCGUGCGAUUCGGUCCAGGAAGCCAGCGGACACAAUCCAUCAGAGCCGCUGUCGAGCAAGUCCAGCCCAGACGAAGGCUCUGACACGUUCGUGGAAGUGGGCAUGCCCAGAAGCCCCUCCCACUCGGCUAACGGGAGCGAGCUGAAACAGAUGCUGGCUUCGUGUAAGACGUCGUCGGGGAAGCGACAGGCCGUGGAGCUCCUGCAGGGCACCAAGAACUCCCACCUGCAUUCUGACUGCCUCCUGUCGGACGCCGAGUCCAGCUCCUCGGACAGUCCCGUGGCCGAUAAGAGGGCGCCGGGCAGCGAGCGGGCAGCUGAGAGGGCAGCUCAGCAGAACGAGAGGGAGAGGAUCAGACUGGCACCGCAGACGUCCUUUGCAAACAUGCAGGCAUUUGAUUAUGAACAGAAGAAGCUUUUAGCAACCAAAGCCAUGCUGAAGAAGCCUGUGGUGACCGAGGUGCGGACUCCCACCAACACCUGGAGCGGUCUGGGCUUCUCCAAGUCCAUGCCGGCCGAGACCAUCAAGGAGCUGCGGAGAGCCAAUCACGUUUCUUACAAGCCCAGCAUGAGCACCACAUACGAGGGUUCCCCGCUGUCCUUGUCUCGGUCCAGCAGUCGGGAAGGCGUGGGGAACGGCAGCGAUUCCGACAACUGGCGAGAGAGGAACGGCACCGGCAACGGCUUGCCAAGCCACACCGAGUUCCCCUCAGCUGUCAGCAGCCCCAAGAGGAAGCAGAAUAAAUCUGCUGCAGAGCAUUACCUCAGCAGCAGUAACUACAUGGACUCCAUCUCGUCGGUAACGGGCAGCAACGGCUGCAGCCUGAACUCCUCCCUGAAAGGCUCCGACCUGCCUGAGCUCUUCAGUAAGCUGGGCCUGGGGAAGUACACGGACGUCUUCCAGCAGCAAGAGAUCGACCUCCAGACAUUCCUGACUCUGACCGAUCAGGACCUGAAGGAACUGGGAAUCACCACCUUUGGUGCUCGCAGGAAAAUGCUGCUCGCAAUUUCAGAACUAAACAAGAACCGAAGGAAGCUUUUUGAGCCACCCAUCAGGUCCUCCUUCCUGGAAGGGGGGGCGAGCGGCCGCCUCUCCCGUCAGUUUCACGCCGACAUGGCCAGCGUGAGCGGGCGAUGGUAGACGCGUUCAGACCUGCGGACUUCCCCACCGCCGUCCACGAAGGAGAGGAGAGGCUCUCAGUGGUUGUUUACCCAUAAAGACUGUUCAGUGUUGCCAUGCCAUAUAGUAUAAAUAUAUAUUUGUAUAUGUAAAAACAAAGCCAUAGAUUUACCUGAAGUGCCAACAUCAUUUUUUUUUUUUCAAAGGGAUUUCUCAGAUAUGUAGGGUUCAGUGUUCAGUCCUAAAAUCUAUCUUGGAGCAUUUAUCUAUGAAGGGCGAUGUUACAGUUCUGAAAAAGGGUACUGUCCAGUAUUUCUGUCCACUUUUUGUUCAAGGAACAGGCAGAAUGAUUAGUACAAUCAUUUAACACAUCGGUACAACUUGUGUUUAGGCUGUUGUAUCAGUGACAUGCACUUUAAUAAUACUAGAUUUUUGCCUGUGAGAGCCUUAUUCCUUAAAUUGAAAUAAUACUUAUGGGGUUUUUUUUUUGUUUUUGUUUUUUUUAAUCACAUUAAAGCACAGAUGCAUUUUGUACCAAACCAAAUACAAGCACUUAUACGCAGUAGUGAGAUUUGGAGCGCCACCAAAUGAAGUGCAAAAUAGGUCCAGUGCACCUAAGAGAUCAAAUUUAAGACGCCAAAGGAAAGCUCCAGUGUGGCCUUUAGCCUUCUGCCUUCUGUUUUUCAGGUGGCGGACAUUCCUCCGAGGUCAGUGUUUUUGGUUUUUUUGUUUGUUUAGACGCAUUUUGUGUAUGUAUUUUAAGGCAAGACAAAAAAAAAUAAGUAUUUUGUACUCAUGAAGCAUUAUGAUUUUUAGUUUUAUUACCAUUUUAGGCGAAUGAGUGGAAUGUUUGAUUAUCAGUUUACAUGUUAUUUUUCUAUAUGUUCAUGAAUGGGUUUUGAUGAUUUUUUUUUUUUUUUUUUUUUUUUUUUUGUAAGUAGUGUCUUGUUCUUAUUUUUUUCUCUCCUUGAAUCUGUGGAGCCAUGACGUGGCUGUGCCAUCCGACAGCAGCGGAGACGCGAGGCAGUAGAGGCUCGGCCUCGUAGGCCUGUCUCUGAUUGUGUCAACAGGCAUCUUUCUGUGGUUUUCCUUUGUUUGUUUAUAGUACAUGCUCUUUUUGUCUCAUCUGUUUUUUGUCAGCGAUGGCCUCCCUGUGACCCCGUCCAUGUGCCUUAAAGCUCACAAAUACACAUCUGGUACUUGAGAUGUGAUACCAGAGCUUUGUGCCUUUUCUUUUUUUUUUUUUUUUGUCUUUGUAUUAAAUGGCUGCUCCAUUGAGAGCUAAAAAGAAAGAAGGAAAAAAAAAAAAAGACCUCAUAACAGAAAAAGGCCGUGCCUUUGUUACAAAAAGUGCCAAUGUAUAUAGCGAGUUUUUCCAGCCGGGACAUAUUUCAUUAGGAACACUAAUAUUUUGGUCUGAUCGGUCUCUCCAGAUAGGAGGCGCAUCGCACAAAGACUCGGUUUCUCCCAGCCAAGUUGGUAUCAGUGGACAUUUCUCUGAUGCACAGAUAAGAAACUAAAGUCACCAGAAGGUGACUUAAAAAAAUU